AGGGCCGGGCGCAAUUGGCGCUGUUAUCAGCGGAGGAACUUGCUGUGGCUUUGACGUGGCUUGAGACUGCGCAUGCGGAAAUGCGGCGGCGGCGGCGGCGGCGGCAGUAACAGCAGCAGCAACGAGAGCAGCAACCGCCGCAUCCUCGUCGCCUUGUUCGUCACCACAGCGUGGGGCACUCGGGGGCGGGGCAGCAGCAUCAGGAGCGGGCUGGCGGAGGCGGCCGAGCGACAACGACGACUUCCCUGCUCCCUCACCUGCCGCCGAGGCUGGUGGCUGCGGGCUCCCGCCGCACAGAUGACCCUGAGCUGCCCCGUUGCAUCCGCUGCCGACGGCGGCGCGAGGAGGAGGGGAAGGAGGAGAGCGCGGCCGGGCGGGAUCUUGCUGCUUCUGCUCCUCUUGCCGCUGCCCGAGGCGGAUGCCGCCGUCUCUGCUUUGCCUUCCCUUUCUUCGUCAGCCGGGCGGUGCGAGCCGCAGGCGGCGGACGUGGCUGGCGGCGGCAGCCGCAGAAGGGGAAGCGAUGGCGCCGCUAGCGGAGGCGCUGCUUCUGCUUCCUCAGCGCCUGAGAAUCCGUCCCUGGGGACAGAUCCUUGUCAUUUACUGAGUCCGCCAUGUUUCACUGAGGAAGAUAAGUACAGUCUGGAAGCUCUCCGCACAAUUCAUAAACAAAUGGAUGAUGACAAAGAUGGUGGUAUUGAAGUAGAUGAAAGUGAUGAGUUUAUCAGAGAAGAUAUGAAAUAUAAAGAUGCUUCUAAUAAACAUAGCCAUCUACACAGGGAAGACAAACACAUCACCAUUGAAGACCUGUGGAAACGCUGGAAAACAUCUGAAGUUCACAAUUGGACACACGAGGAGACUCUUCAGUGGCUGGUGGAAUUUGUUGAACUUCCUCGGUAUGAGAAGACUUUCAGAGAAAAUAAUGUUAAAGGAACAACUUUGCCAAGGAUAGCAAUUAAUGAGCCUGUAUUUAUGAACUCUCAGUUGAAAAUCAUUGAUCGGAGCCACAGACAGAAACUUCAGCUGAAGGCCUUGGAUGUUGUUUUAUUUGGACCUCUCACACGACCACCUCACAACUGGAUGAAAGAUUUCAUACUCACAAUUUCUAUAGUGAUUGGUGUUGGGGGCUGCUGGUUUGCAUAUACUCAAAACAAGACUUCAAAAGAGCAUAUAACAAAAAUGAUGAAAGAUUUAGAAAGCCUUCAGACAGCAGAGCAGAGUUUAUGUGAAUUGCAAGAGAGGCUUGAAAAAGCACAGGAGGAAAAUCGGACUGUCGCUGUUGAAAAGCAAAACCUGGAGCGCAAGAUGAUGGAUGAAAUCAGUGAUGCAAAACGGGAAGCGUGUCGGCUGAGAGAGCUGCGGGAGGGAGCAGAAUGUGAACUCAGCAGACUUAAAUAUGCAGAAGAGGAGCUGGUGCAGGUCCGCAUGGCUUUAAAAAAGGCUGAGAAAGAAUUUGAACUAAGAAGCAAUUGGUCUGUUCCUGAUGCGCUGCAGAAAUGGCUCCAGCUGACACAUGAAGUGGAAGUACAAUACUACAAUAUUAAGAGACAAAAUGCAGAAAUGCAGUUAGCGAUUGCCAAGGAAGAGGCAGAAAAGAUUAAGAAAAAGAGAAGUACCGUCUUUGGGACAUUACAUGUUGCACACAGCUCUUCUCUUGAUGAAGUGGACCACAAGAUUCUGGAAGCAAAGAAAUCACUUUCUGAAUUAACCACUUGUUUGAGAGAGCGACUCUACCGAUGGCAGCAGAUUGAGAAGAUUUGUGGCUUCCAGAUAGCACAUAACUCAGGAUUACCUAGUCUGACUUCAUCACUUUACUCUGAUCAUAGUUGGGUGGUAAUGCCACGAGUCUCCAUUCCACCAUAUCCAAUUGCAGGGGGAGUGGAUGACCUUGAUGAAGACACUCCUCCGAUAGUUUCUCAAUUUCAUGGGUCCAUUGUAAAAACAAGCACCUUAGCACGGAGCAGUAGCAUGUGUCGCUCCAGGAGAAAUGUUGUGCCGUCAUCACCUCAGUCACAACGCACAGCACAAAUGCAACACACUCCACAUACACAAGCUACUUUGCACUCUGCAGAUCCAGACAUCCUGUCAGUGUCCAGUUGCCCUGCUGCUUACCGUACAGAGGAGGAGGAGGAGGCCAUUUACUUCACUGCUGACAAGCAAUGGGAAGUACAAGAUACAGUUUCCGAAUGUGACUCCUUAAAUUCCUCUGGAAAGAAACAGUCUCCUCCGUCAAGCCUUGAAAUAUAUCAACCUCUGUCACCUCAAAAAAUAUCACGGGAGGAACUCUCACUGGAAGAGUCGUCUACUGGAGACUCUUCUUCCCUAACAGCAGAUAUUUCGAGGGGUUCUCCUGACUGUGUUGGUAUGACAGAAACAAAAAGUAUGAUCUUUAGUCCAGCAAGCAAGGUGUACAAUGGCAUUCUGGAGAAGUCCUGCAGCAUGAACCAGCUCUCUAGCAGCGUUCCAGUCCCCAAGCCUCGACACACCUCAUGUUCAUCCGGCAGCAGUGGAAGCAAAACGGGCCAUCAUACUGCAGCUGUCCCUCGGAUAAAUAGCACCUCACAGGACCUCUGUCAAAACGGGGAACGAAACAAAAAGUCCUCCAAAAUAAAAAGUCUUUUUAAGAAGAAGUCAAAGUGAACCUGCUGGAGGAAAUGCUCAGUUGUGGCAUUGUUAGACUUGUUGUUUGUUUUAUUUUUUAAAUUAAGAAUGUAGUUAUCUUGGUUUUCCGGGCUUGGAUGCCAUAGCAGGAAACCCUCUUUGGUCAACCCCUCUUCUGUUUUAAAUGACUUUACAGUCAAGUUGUGCCAGCUGUUAUUGAAAAAUUUUAAUUUCAAGACAGUUUACAGUUAUAUGUCUAUUUAUUUCUGCUUUUUUAGUUUAUAUAUAAAACUCUUUUUAAAAAAAACACAACACUUUUAACACAAGCUUUAACGGACUAAUAAGCCUGCAUGGGCUUCCCAAAGUUUUUUCUUGUUUACCGAAGCAUCUUCUUAUCUUUCCACAGAAGCUAUGGCAUUUGCAUACUGGACGAAAGUGACUUUUAAUGAAGUAAAACUACUUAAAUUGCACUACUGUUUCCCUGACUGGAAAGUAUCUUCGCAAGUAAAACUGUUUAGACUUGUAAAUGACAGAAAAGUUGGGUUGGUUCUUUGUUAUUUUUUAGGUUGUUUUUACGUAGAAACUAGCAUUUCUAACAAUUGAUUUCUGGAACUGGAACCUCGCUUCGUCAACAGAAUGCUUCUUUAAAUUCAUUUAUUAACCUAAUGGAUUGGGUCCUGUUGUAAAAAUCAUGAUUAUCCAGGGCUUUCACUGUGAUUUUAUUGCAUUGCACAGGCUGAAUGGUUUUUUUAAAAAAACUUGUUGCAAAAAGAAGAGGAUUCCAUACACAAGUGAUAAAAUUUAAAACUUGAUUUUGAAGGACUUUCUAAGACAUUCACAACCUUAAACCUGAGAUAGGGACAACUGUGGGCACUUGUUUACAUACUUUGACAGACAACGGAUGUUUGAUUUGUGAAUAUUUGUACUGUGGCAAAGAUAAUAAAUUGGAAAUACUAUUGUG